CUGUGCUUACGUGUUCAAUAAAAAAAAUUUGUUUUUUUUCAAUUUUUUAUUGAUUUGAUCGAUGCUGGUCUUCAUAUUUUGUUGAUGAUUUGUAACUUUAUUGAAUAAAAAGAUCAAGGAAAUUGACAGCCAAUAUUCAUAAAAUAUUGGAUAUUUCACUCUAUUCUAUUCGAAAAAAAUUUAUUCCUGUGAUUCCUGUAAUAAUGAACAAUUUCAUACAACCGAAUCGUAAACAAGAAUUCUUUUCCAAAGCCGAAGAUUUUGCGGAUGAGUUUCUUCGUCGCUCAAAAACGAUAUUACCGACCGUCGCUCGUGCAUGUCUUGUGUCAACAUUCAUCGAGGAUGGUUUUCGUAUGUGGGUUCAAUGGUCAGAACAACGUGAUUACAUGAAUGCACAAUGGCAUUGUGGUUAUUUUCUUGCAACAUUAUUUGUCAUAAUCAAUAUGUUAGGUCAACUAGCCGGAUCAGGCUUGGUGUUGACCCGAUUCUAUGUUCAAGCAGCUUGUUCCACAUUGUUCGGAAUUGUUGUUUUACAAACAUUCGCAUAUUCAAUACUAUGGGAUCUUAAGUUUUUGAUGCGUAAUAUGUCAUUAUGUGGUGCUUUACUUUUAUUAUUGGCAGAAUCACGUGCCGAAGGACGAUCAAUGUUUGCCGGUGUACCAUCGUUAGGUGAAAAUAAACCAAAAACUUAUAUGCAAUUAUUGGGACGAAUUUUGGUCGUUUUCAUGUUCGUCACCGUCUUACAUUUUGAUAUGCAUCCAUUAAUUGUUUUACAGAAUAUCAUUGCAAUUAUUUUAAUGGGAGCAGUGACGGUUGGUUUUAAAACAAAACUUAGUUCACUUAUACUUGUAUUGUGGCUAACAGUUUUAAAUUUUUAUUCAAAUGCAUUUUGGACCAUCGAAUCAUAUAGACCCAUGCAUGAUUUUCUCAAAUAUGAUUUUUUUCAAACCUUAUCAGUAAUUGGUGGCCUACUGAUGAUUGUUUUACUUGGUCCUGGAGGUAUUUCUAUUGAUAAUCAUAAAAAAGAUUGGUAAUAUACCGUGCCAAUAAUAAAAAUGUCAAUCAAGUUUUUUCCCUAAACAAAAAUUAUUGGACAUAAACCGAUUGAAUAAAACCAAAUAU